AUGAGGCGCAACGGCGAUCUAUCUGGAUCUUCAAUCGGCGUCGUCGUCUUCAAACGGCUGGGAGGCGUUGACGUCGGUCUUCAAUCGGCGUGGGAGGAGGCGUCUUCAAUCGAUGGAGGCUUGGCCGGCGUCGUCUUCAAUCGGGGGAGGCUUGGGCGGCGUCGUCGUCAGAAGCUCCCUGUGGUUCAUCCGUUUGCGGAACACAUAGCGUACUACAUGUUGUUUGGCAUCCCGUUAUCAACAUGUUCUUUGACGGGGACAGCCUCUAUUGCUUCAGUUGCCGGUUAUCUUAUUUUCAUAGAUUUCAUGAAUAACAUGGGACAUUGUAACUUUGAGCUCAUCCCCAAGUGGUUUUUUUCUUUGUUUCCUCCUCUUAAGUACCUUAUCUACACUCCAAGGGAGGGCAUCAAUAGAUUCAUUGAGGAAGCCAUACUAGAAGCUGAUGGCAAGGGCACUAAGGUCUUUAGCCUGGGCCUCAUGAACCAGGGGGAAGAUUUGAAUGAAAAUGGUGAGGUUUAUAUCAAGAGGAACCCUAAUCUCAAAGUGAAGGUGGUGGAUGGGAGUAGCCUAGCAGUUGCAGUUGUCCUCAAUAACAUCCCCAAAGGGACAACUCAAGUCAUUCUAAGAGGCAAUCUAACUAAAGUCGCUCGGGGCAUUGCCAUGGCCUUAUGCCAAAGGGGCAUUAAGGUGAGAGUUUUAUACAAGGAUGAGUAUGAGAAGCUUAAAGAAAUGUUUCAAACCAAAUCCCUUAUUGAUGAUAACUUGUUACAUGAUGAACCACAUUCAUGGGAUCACAAGAUCUGGUUGGUGGGAGAAGGAUUGAAGGAAGAAGAGCAACUAAAGGCACCAAAAGGGUCAUUUUUCAUUCCAUUCUCUCAGUUCCCUCCAAACAAGCAUAGAAAAGAUUGUUUUUAUUUCCCCACACCAUCUUUGCUUGUCCCUAAUCAUCUUCACAAUCUCGACUCUUGCGAGAAUUGGCUUCCGAGGAGGGUGAUGAGCGUGUGGCGCGUAGCAGGGAUAGUGCACGCUCUCGAGGGCUGGAACGAGCACGAGUGUGGCGACACAAUGUUGAAUUAUGACAAAGUCUGGGAAGCGGCCCUUCUUCACGGUUUUCAACCCCUUACCAAUAUUAUCGCAGAUUAA